GGUGGGAGCGUGCAGAAGCUGCAGUAAUGUAGUUCUGGGACCCACAGGAAGUGUUUUAUUUUAUUAUUUUUUUCAUUGUGGGGAAAGGUAAGUAAAUGGGAUCAUGUGUCAUUGAUGAAUUAUAUAUACAAAACAUAAGCUUGUGUCUUUGUGUAGACUCACAAAUGAGAUAAAUACGCAUUUUAGUAUAGUCAUCGCGCUGUCUGUUUAUGAAUUUCAGGAAUAGUCAUGAUUUGGACUCCACCAUUCUUUAAAUUUACUGCACUGACUCAAGUGUAACACAAUUACAUAUAGAGCAACAUUUGCCAUUGUUUGGGUGGUCUUUUUAGGUAAUUUGGUCACAGGUUGCUAACUUCUGGUUGAAGAUCCCAAAGAAUUAUGGUCAGGAGUUGCUAGUUUAUGCUCUGGAGUUACUGGGUUUGGGAUUAGUUGGUUACUGAUUUAGGGCACACUGGAUUAGAUAGUGCACAUCAUAUGGUAACACUGUAAAACACACAUAUGGAUUUAUUUUUUAUAGGUAAUUUAAAUAUGAUAUCUGUUACCUAAUAGUAAUAUAUGUAUACAAUGUGUUCAAUUUUUACUGUAUUCAGCAAUGCAUUUUGUUUUAAUUAUGUGCCCCAGGUAUUCUUAAAGGAACACUGUAGUGUUUCCUGUUUGUAUUCCAAAAUAGUUUUUCCCUUACCUAUACAGGUACUGCCCCCUCCCCAUAAGGGUUAAAAAUAAAGUUUAGUUGAUCUUACAUCCCUCGGCACACUGGACUUCUCCGUGCCACUGCUCUGCCUCCCUGGCUUGAUCAUCUUUGCCAAUCAAUGCUUCAUCAUAGGGAAGGAUAUUGCAAACGUGCAAUAACACGAUGUUCUGCUCUGCGUCAAUCAAAUGCUCUCAGUGAAAGUAAUUUGAUCUAUAACGAGCUUUAACUUUGUUAUAGCUGCAGAAGUGUCUCUAGUCGCUGUCUAGAGACAGCAAUAUUUUCAGUUGCAGGGUUAAAAAAGGAUCUGUCUGUCUAUUUAUUCUGAUGUAUUUAAAUGUGUUCCAGACAGAAUAGAAAUCAGGUCACCCUAAUGUAAUGUGAGCAUUUGAUUCCUUGAGAAAGUUUAGCAUUUUGAGUCUUCAGUUUCAUAAUUAAUGUAUUGGAAUCCCUUGCCUUAACACAAAGUUAACAAAAUAAUUGUUAAAAUAAACAAAUAAGUCGUCAAAAAUAGGUUGGAGUGGGUAAGUUGCAUUUUCAAACUGUGUUUUAUGGGAUAAGGUCAGAUCUCCUAGAUGAACAUAAGAAGUGUUUGUGUAUCCUCUUACUGGUAGAAGUCUAAUUGUAUCCCUUUGUUAAUAUAUUAAUAGUUAUAGUAUAUUAAUAUUUGUAAAAACAAUAUAUUAAUUCGUAUACCGAGUUAAUUUCCUUGGUACUCAAUUUAGUGCUCAAAAACUGUAGGCAAUAGGCAAAAUUGUUGGCACCCCCAGGCAUCAAAGGGGUUAAAGGCCAUUUAGGAGAUAUUCCCUUCCAGAUAUACAGGCAGCUACUGUAGACACCAAUCUACCAAACCGGAGAAGCAUACGAAUGCUCUCAAACAUAUGAAUGCUGUAAACAGUCGAAUAGGAAAAACCAUACGAAAGGUUUACACUCCUAGUAGUCAAACUGGAACAGUAUACAAUAAAUCUCCCCAAGAACGAGACAAGGCUUCGUGUUGAGGGUCAAAACAGGAACAGACAGAGCUGUGGGUUUAUUGUUCUUAUAUACACAUUAGUACCACCCACAGGGUUUUGUAAAACAACCAAUAAACACAUACAAUACACUCAGACACUCCCACACAAAAUCCUCCCCUCUGCCUGUGAUACAAUUAACUUACACAAUGGGUUAAUGUAAUUAUCACAGGCAGAGAAAUACAGUUUUUCCACAUUAUUCAUAACUUUAAAAGUAUACAUCACAGUCACAUAAAAUCAGAAUCAGCAUUCUCCAAAUACAAACAUAUGUCAAAAUCAUCCAAAUUGGUCCAGUGGUUCAAAAGAUAGAUCGAAAUUCUUUGUGACCAAAUGAAGCAUGGCUUUUCUGCCCAAAACCAGUUCCACAGAGUCUUCUAUCCUGGAGAUAAUUGGGAAGUAAUCCAAUUAUCUCCAAGGACAGAGGCAAAACUCAAUUGAACACAUGGUAGCAAAAGACAAUAAAAUACAUAAAAAUAUAUAACUGUGCAGCUAUUGCAUAAAACAGGUACAUUCAACAUAUCCCCAUCUAUAGCUUAGAUCUGAGCGCACAUUAUUACUGAAUGGCACUCAGAUCACAUACAUACAGUUCAAUUGCCAUGGAGCCAAAGUCUUUCACAUAGUCUUUCGUUAUACGGGGUAUCACUGUUCAAAUAGGGCAAGUACCGAAUGACGUGGCUUUCGUGUCUUUGCAUGGGAAAAUCAAGCAUUUCAACAUGGGGCCAUAGUCUAAAGGCAGCAGGCGGGCAACCAGGCUCCUCCAAUGCACAGUGGCGAGAUUGGUCUCGUCACAAUAGGUAAUCACAGAAAAUGCAUGCUGCCCACCUCAGCUUGAAUCCAUGCUCAUGUUUUAAAUUAGAAUUCUUUUUUCAAUAUAAAAUGUGGUAACCAGCACUCUGUAUAUACAUACGUGUAUAUUAUUUAAACAAUAGAGUAUUUAUAAUGUAUAACAUGUUUUCCACAACUCAUUCUUACUUCUUCAUCUUUUGUCAUUUUUUUGCUCUUCAGUUGUUCUUCCUCUCCACGAUGGGCCUUCUACCAGCUCAAAAGGCAUUUUUCCCCCUGCGUUCCAUGGAUUCACUUAUUCGUCUUUUCCAGUCGGAGUUGGCUCGUCCCGAGCCUGACUUACCUCUGUUGUCCCUUACUCUUGGAUUUGUUGAGCACUUUCUGGCAGUGAACCGUGUAGUGCCUACUAAUAUUGGCAGCAUCUCGGAUGUUGGGGCUGCUGUGGUUGCUAAGACUGGUGCAGAGGGAACAAAGGUACAAAGUGGAGAGAGUAAUAAGCAGGGAAGUCAAGAAGGCUCUAGGGCUGAUCAAGGAAAGAGAGGAACCAGAGGAGACAAGGUCAGGAAGGGAGGAGCUGGAGGACAAGCAAAGAAAGAAAUGGACAAUGUUGUUGGAGAUUCCACUGGAAAAAAACAAGCCAAGGAGAACACCAAGGCAGCUAGAGACAGCUCAGAGGGAAGAAAGGAAAAGGAAAGAGAAAAUGAAAAAAACACCAAUACUGGGGAGGGUUUGAGGACUGGCAAAGAUACCACAGGGGAACCUAGCGAAAAUGCUAAAACAGAGUUAGGGCGACAGAUUGUCCCAUACUUUCCAACACUAGAUCUGACAGUAGCACAGGCUCUGCAUGCUCGUUUCACAGCCCAAACUCGUGGUGCAGUAGACCUGUCUUGUUACUCUCGGGAAAAUGGAGUGUCAGGUCGGGAGCUUAUUCGAAGGGUUUCGGAUGUCAUUUGGAAUGGUCUGAGUCGGUCCUACGUCAAAGAUAGGGCCCACAUACAGUCUCUUUUCAGUUUUGUGACAGGUGAGAAUGUUUUUGUAGUACGUUUAAUGAAACAGGAGCUGGCAUGAAUGAAAAAAAAAUAACAGGCUCACCUAUUAUACAAUAUAUUAAUAAGAUAAUUAAUGAAAUAAACAUUUGUUUAUGUCUUUCCUUUUAAAUGCCAGUAAAAUCAGAUCAAUAUUUGAGAUGAAAGAAGUAUGUUUAGACAAGAAGGAAUUUUAGUUGCCUCUGAAUUGAAUGGAGAAGACUUUUCUCUUUAUAAAAAUAAUUGCAUUGUUUGCUAUUGCACUUUCUCCUACUCUUAAAUCAGGCACAAAGCUGGACUCACCUGGUGUUGCAUUUGCUGUGGUGGCUGCAUGCCAAGUGUUAGGACUUUCUGAUGUACACCUGGCUCUUUCAGAAGACCAUGCAUGGGUGGUGUUUGGGAAGGAUGGGGAGCAGACAGCUGAAGUAACAUGGCAUGGAAAGGGUAAUGAGGACAAAAGGGGACAGUCUGUAAGUUCCGGUGUAGUUGACAAGGUAAGGUGAUAUAAUAUUCCUGAAGCCCAGUUGCCUCAGUGUUUAUUUCUUUAUCAACAUUUUUAUGUCACUGUUUGUGCUCUUCCUCUUAUUUAACAUCAUCUGUGUGUGCCCUUUUGAGUGCAUGUGUUUGAGCACAGAAAAGGAUAGCGUAAUAAAGUAAUGCAUUCUUGCAUCUGCGUUUUGUUUAACAAAUGCCAGAUUUUCUGUUAACCCUAUAUGUUGGUUUUCUUUUCAGAGCUGGUUAUAUUUAAAUGGACGAUAUAUGCGCUGUAAUCGACAUAUGGAAGUUGCUUUCAUGGUUUGUGCCAUGAACCCUUCAAUAGAUGCUCAUACAGAUAGUCUGGAAUUGUUGCAGCUGCAACAGGUGAUGCAUUUUCCUACUUCUUGACAUAUUUUGUAUCAAAGGGCAUGUUAAGCUAAAUGCUGAUUACUUGAUUUUGUAUGUAGACAGAUGAGUUCAUGCAAUUUUUUUUUGUUACUGUCUUUUUCUAAAUUUAGCACAUUCCACACGCCCCUAAAGCAUUUGUGGUUGCUGAAGUUCAUUUGGGUUAACUGCCACUCCCAUUUGUAUUAAUUUAUAAAAGCAAACUUUUGCAAAUGGCAUUCGUUUACCUGUUUGUUCAACAUAGUAGUGAGCACUUUUUAUAAAGACGCAUUUGAUACAAUGUUUCUUUAUGAGAAGUAUUCAUUUAACAAAGUAUGGGGGUUGCUGCACUGGUUCAAUAGGUAUCCAAUGCUGCUCUUUAUUAAGCAUUAGAUUGGCCUGGGGAGGAUUGAUUAUUUCUUGGGGGUAGAGCUGUGGUGAGAAGAAAAGGUGAGCAACUUAUUUUUUUUUUAUGGAAUAGUGGUUGGGGAUUUAAACUCUUUCAAAUUCUAUCAUUAGAAACAAAUUAUUUUUGUUUAAUGGGGUGUUUCUUUAAGUUUAGCAAUAUUGCUCUAAAAACUUAUUUUAUACAUUUAAAGAGGAAAUGUCACUUUUGGAGAGAGAAGCACAUUUUAAUAGCUAAAAGCAAUAUUAGACUGUGCUGACACAACCAGGAAUCCAUAUUUGUCAUUGACCACUUGACUUUUGCAGCAGUGUUGUAUUUUUUUCCAUUCAUUUCUGCCCAAUAUAUAUAUUAGUAUUUUCAUUGUAAAUUCAAGUUGUGUCAAAAACAUACAUAGUGGGAUACGCAGGUCCCCAAUACCUAAACGAGCAAUGCAGAAUAAACAUUAACAGGUGUGGCUCACAUUAUAGAAAAAAUAAUAAACACCUCCCUGACCAUGAGACACUCAGGUCUCGUACCAUGAGGAAGUAAUCUUAGUUUUGGGCUCUCCAGCCCCUGAGUGUGUAGUCGAUAGUAGGGGCUAAUGGACCUUAAUCCAUACAUCAGGAUCAAUACAAACUGGUCUGCACUAAUGUAUCGACUCCCGUUCUUUUCUGAAAACUGAAAAGAGCAGAGAUGGCACUCCACAUAAUUACAUGGAAUUGUAGACUCUGUGCUGCAAACUGUCAAGGUUAGUCACCAAAGUAAGCAUUGCUGGCAAUCCAAAGUGAGUUCAAAGUAAGUUUUUUAAAUUUAGGACAAAGAAGCUGAAAUAGAAUCACGAGCGAUCUGGAGAUUUUUAUCUGCUUUGGCUAUUUGCACCUUAAAUUUGAAAUGGACUUUGAACUCACUUUGAAUUCCUGACAAUGCUCACUUUGUGCAUAUCUUUUUGUACUUUGCAUAAUUUAUCUCGUGCCUGCUAGUUUUAACUGACCAAUGUGUGCAUAGUUAUGGCUGUGUCACUGUUGUAACUAUAAUAAAAACCAUACUUAUCUGUAUCUGUUGUUAUAAUAUACUUGGACUGUUUUUUUCUUUUUCGUCUUCAGUAACCCAAGAUAUUUUUUGUAUUGUAAUAGUAAACAUAGAGCAAUAUCCUGAAUACAUAGUGCUUGUAUCACCUGUUGACUUCUGAGACACUUCAGUGCGCUUAUGACUAACUUCCAUUAUAAGCUAACAAUAUUUCUUCUUUUUUUGUAGAGUUUGCUGUGGGUGCUCUAUGAUGGAGGACACCUGGACAAGUAAGACAAUAUUUUGCACGUUGUUUUUAAGACACUGUCAUUUUAUUUUUGAAAUCUAUUUAUGUAAUAUUGUACUUUUUACUUUCAUUACUUCUGGAAACAUAUGGAUUUACAUGCUAAAUGCUGAAUUGUAGUGAAUUCAAUUCCAAAUUGCAAACUAUAAAUUACUGAGCAGGUGGUGCCUUACUCAUCAGGCUCUACAUCACAUAUUUCCUAACACGUCCAACGUUGGAGAUGUUGGGAAUACAUGGACACCACAGCUCACAUUUGAUGGUUUUGUCAUAAGAUUCAACCCUAUUGGGCACCACUAUCACUGGCACUCCAGUAUCCUGUUCCCUGAAGACCUUCCUGCUUCAACAUGCCACAACCCCUACAAAACCAUCCACAUGAUGCCUGGUACCUCAUUUACUAAACGCAGCUAAGGCUAGAGGUCAUCUGUUAGUACCACUCUCCCUUAAGGAAUGCAUAGUUAGUCUUUCUGGGUGAUGGAGGAGUUAAGCCAUGAUAUGGGAAACUCUAUUAAUACUCCGGUUAUCACAUGGUCCCCAAUGUAAAACAAACAGUGGAUAUUUUAACUGUUUUACAUUGUAUUUUAAUAAAGGUGUUUUGGCCUCUUUCCACUGUGAGUGUGCCAUUUUACUUUAUUAUUUUCUACCUGGCAUCCGAUUUUAAGUUCCAGUGAGGACCACUCCAAAAGAAUCCACGGUGGGGAUUAUACCACUUACGGUUACACAUUGAGCAGUUAGUCUGGAUAAUUAAAUGUGAGUACCAAAUCAUUUUUUUUUUUUUUAUACUCCUGGUACCUUUUAAACUGUGAGCGCUAUUGCUGUCUCUUUUAUAUCUUUUAUGAUCUACAUACCGAUGAUACAACUGCCUACCUACACCAUCCUAUGUAUCCUAUAAGGGGGGAUUGUACCACUGUACGCCAUUCAGACUAGAGCUAGGUGUGACUGACUGCUGGCACUUCGACUGAGUACCUCUGCCAAUCCUGCUUGCCGAGGACUCCGAGCACUCCAACCGACACCAUCAGCACUGCGGACACCACUUCCAGUGAUGCAGCUGCGCCAGGGUCUCGCCGUCUCUCACCCACCCUGGAUCCACGACCAGGAUCCAGCUCCCAGUGGGUGAACCUCUCCUAAAUCCAGAGAGCGUAGCAGGAACAAGAGCUUACUCUGGGGAGUAAGUGAUUAUAGCAAUCCCCAGAGUGUAGGUAUCCCUUCCCCCAAGCAUGAGCCAAGGCUUCAAGAAAGGUGCAAGUAGGUCUGGUUUAUUGAGGGCUACCUGCCCGGUAUUUAUGGGCACUCCCCUAGGGGACCUGAUGGAAUAAUGGGACACAUAUUGGAUAUUAGCCAAUCACAGACAAUACAAACAAAACACUCCCAAAGUGACAUCACAAUCCCUCCUCUCUAUCCUGGAGAUAAUUGGGAAGUAAUCAAAUUAUCUCCCAGGACAGAGGCAAGACUCCAUUAACCACAUGGUUACAAUUACUACAUAAAACAUAUACAUGCAACAUAUCCCCAUAUAGCUUAGAUUUGAGUGCACAUUAUUACCGAAUGGCGCUCAGAUCACCUACAUAUAGUUCAAUCACCAUGGAGCCAAAGUCUUUUCCAUAGUCUUUUGUUACACGAAUAGGCUCCAUGGCAUAGCUAUCUGGGGUAGAACUACUCACAUACUGAAAGACUCGAACGCCACGGCAGAAAUACACAAAUACCUUUCUGCAGGGGAAAAUACAGCUAUCAGCACAGGGGCCAUAGUCGGAAGGCAGGAGGCUAGCCAGUAGUCCCCUCCAGGCACAAGUGGUGAAGGUCACUUCGUCACACUAGGUUUAGCUAUAUCAAUUGUAAGUAGGGCCAUAGACGUUUUAUUUACUUUUAUGUUAUUCUGGGAUUUUCUGCACCAUUAGUUCUCUCUUUGCAUGUAUGGCUGCCAAGAGUACUCUGAUCUGACCCCAUUCCAGAGGAACUACCCUGACCCUUUGAGGUUUUAUCUUCCUGUCACGAUUACUAUAUGACCCAACACGCAGAACUAUGUAAUACACAGUAUACAAGGAUAACGUAUACCGGGCCUCAGAAUGGCCGGACUUCACCUAAAUAAAGAAUGGUCAAAAUACUAGCCGAGGUCAGGGCCACAGAAAGAGACACAAAGAGGAAACAAGCCAAAAGUCAAGGAUACCAGAAAUAUGGGGAAGUCAAAAUACAAGCCAAAGUCAAAUACCAAAAAGAACUAGAAUAGGAACGCGCUCUCUGUUAAUCAACUGGUGGAAACCACGACAGGGCACUGACCAAAUGCUAUUUUGAGUUUAAAUAAUCCUCGUAAGGCUAUGAUUAGUUGUACAUAGCCUUUGACCCCAAAAUAUGCAUGUGCGUAGUUUUCAUGAUGUCACACGCACGUCGGCACCAUCUUUGUUGAGGACGGAGGCGGGGCUACAUAGUUGCUUGCGACCGCAGCGGCCAGCGUUCAUUCACUCAAAGAGGGUGUUGAAUGGAAAGCUGAUUUGCCUUAGGUAAGUUUUUAUUACUUACCGGAUGCGGCCACGCUGUAUGGAGGCGCAGGGGACGUGACACUUCCAGCAAGUUUUUAGAUUUGGAUUCACAUUUGGACUUUAUAUGUAUGUGUGUGUGUGUAUGUGUGUUAUAACACACCUGUGUUUUUAUAAUUUCUGGCGCUAUCUUUAUUCCCCCUGUUUGACUCAUACCUUUGUAUGCCUUACCAGUAACAGGCGGCAGUUGUUGAUUAUUUAUUUUGUGUUUAGUUAAACUCAGUUUCUUAUUGUUAUUGUACUGGUUCUCUUUCUUUACAAACAUGAACUGUACAAUAACCAUAUUGUGACAUUCUCAUACAAAAUAUUACUUAUGUUGCUCUUAUUAAUCUACGCUGGUGGAAGAAUGGCAUUUGUUUCCUUAUCAAACUCAAUAAACAUUUAUAAAUAAAUCAAAAUUGCAAACUUUAGGCUAAAGUAGUCAAGCAGUGACUAUAGCUAAGUUGGAGAUUUUUUCCAAAUCAUCUACUUUGGCCUACAUUUUGCAAUUUGUGCUUUAGUUCACUGUUUAGUAAACUUAUAGCAUACUUGUAGGUCUAGACCUAAAUUAAUCUAUUGCUCAUAUAUAACUCUAAAAACAGAUCUAAUUCCAGUCCAUUCUUUUCUGAUGGUUUUAGAUAUCCAAUGGCUCUGGGAAAUUUGGCAGAUCUUGAAGAACUUAGUCCAACACCUGGGCGUCCCAAGCCCCUUGAACUCUACCACAAGGUGGACUUAAUGUAUAUAUUCUUCCAUUUCUUUAACUCUUUAUUGUUUUGCUUUCCCUCAUUUUGUGUUUUGUCUUCUAUAGGGUGUACAGUCUUCAUGGUUACAUUAUGAAAACCAGCAUUUGUAUCCUCAUAUAUACUUGGCUGCAUAUCACUGUCGGAAUAAAAAUGUGAAAGAAGCAUUGAAAGCAUGGGCUGAGACAGCUGCAGUUAUCCAAGAGUGAGACUACUAUUUCUUGCAUGGUCAAAUAACCUAUUUUCAUCUGUUCUUUACUACUUGUUUUUUUUUUCCCCUUUGACACUUUUAUACUGUUGUGUUUUAACUUGCCUUUCUGGCUUACAUCCUUGUCAUCCCCAGUUUUUGACUGACAAGGAUUUUUGGGAACUGUAGUUCAGCAACAGAUAGAAUUCCCUCUUUUAUUUCUUACACAUAUGAAACAUUUUUUUAAUUUUUAGGUAUAACUACUGUCGUGAGGAUGAAGAGAUAUAUAAAGAUCUCUUUGAUAUUGCCAAUGAUUUGUUGCCAAACUUGUUGAAAGAGGAGUCAAUGUUACCAGAAUGCCCAGUAAGUAAUCUUUGAGAAGCAAGCAAACUUUUGCAAUAGGUAGGGAUGCAUAGCAGUAAUAUCUGGCUUUCUUCUUUUUUCAGGCUAGUUCAGCUCUUCAAGAUCCUGCAGCCUUUGCAAAUCUCUUGCGUUUCUAUGAUGGGAUUUGUAAAUGGGAAGAGGACAGUCCUACUCCUGUCUUGCACGUAGGUUGGGCCACAUUCCUAGUGCAAUCACUUGGAAGAUUUGAUGCACAGGUAAGACUAAAGGGUGAGGGAUAGGAGGAUGACUAGUAGUGAAAAUACAAGCUACAACGACUGGUAAUAAUUUAAGAUUAGUACUGGUGUGUCCAUGUAGUAAAGCCAACUGAAAAUAUUCUUCCAAAUACAUUUUAUUCUGGGAAAGUUAAUUUAUGAAAUAUAAAUAUACAGCCAUUAAAGUGCAAGUGAAAUAUUAACUUUUCUGUAAGGUAGAAGGAUUCCUAAAUAAGCAGGAAACAACAGUGUAGAGAAACCAUAGUGUUUGGAAAGCCAUUAGUUCUUUAAAUGCUUAACGUUUGUCUUAAGCAAAGAUAGCAAGAUAUAUGGAAGUAGAUUAUGAUUGGGAAAAAAAUCCUGUCAAACAGAAUGAUGAAGCAACUUAACAUGGAGUUGUGAUGAUUUUUUGGCAAGAUCACGCAGAACAUAUAUUCAUGAUUGCUCUCUUAUCCACAGGUUAGACAGCAGGUAACGUUAGCAAGCUUUGAACCUUCUAAUGAAGAUGAAGACACUGAAGACACCAGAAGAAGGGUUCCCAGACGAGAGUCUAAAACUGGAGAACCAAAUCAACAGCUAUCACGCUCUGGCCCUACAGCUGAGCAGCAUGGAAAAGAUGCUGAGCUUUCAGAAGCACUUACACUCACCUUCCAGAGUGAGAAGAUGAAAGGAAUGAAGGAAUUACUAGUUGCAGCAAAAGUGAACUCCAGUGCCAUUAAACUGCAACUCACUGCUCAAUCUCAAGUGCAACCAAAAAGAGCUCGGGGGUCUUCAUCAAGAGACUACAACUUGGGUUAUCUAAAAAGGCAACGCAAGGCGGUGUGAGACGAUGCAAGACAAAAAUGUUCAUGCGACAUACUUAUUUUUAUUGCUUGUUAAAAAUAAUGAAAAAUGUAGUAUUAAUUAUAACUAUGUAUGCAUAGAUCUUAGUGCAUAACUAACUGUUUUUUGAAUAUCUAAUUCUAAAGUCAAGGACAUAAAUAUGUAUUUGGUUCCUUCUUUACUGCUAUACCAGUUUCCACUAUUCUGUGACUGCUUUUAUGUAGGGUUCUGCUUCCAUUUAGCCACAGGGGUAUGAAUGGGUUCUGGUACUGAUAUGUUCUGCUCAUAGGCGGUGGCCUAAUUCAUCUCUAUUAAAGGGACACUAUAGUCACCCGGACCACUUCAGCUCAAUGAAGUGGUCUGGGUGCCAGGUCCCCCAGGUUUUAACCCUUCAGAAGUACAUUGCAGGGUUAAUCCAACCUCUAGUGGCUGUCUUCCUGACAACUGCUAGAGGCGCUUCUGCGACGCUGGAUACGAAAUUCGCAUCCAGCGUGCAGAACGUCCAUAGGAAAGCAUUGAGAAAUGCUUUCCUAUGUACUGUUUGAACGCGCGCAACUCUUGCUGCACAUUCCGCUGCACUCGGGAGCGGACGUCGGCGGGGGAGGAGAGGUCACCAGUGCUGAGGGAGCCCGGCGCUGGAUAAAGGUAAGUGGCUGAAGGGGUUUUGACCCCUUCAGCGCCAAGGGAGGGGGACCCUGAGGGGUGGGGUAGUUCUAAGGAUGCUAUAGUGUCAGGAAAACGAGUUUGUUUUCCUGACACUAUAGUGAUCCUUUAAUAUUGAUGGGGUUUAGGUCCGGACACUGCGUACGUAAGUCAGUUUCUUAUGCAGUUAUUUCUACAAGCAUUUCUGAACUUUACUUUGUCAUGCUCAGACAUGAAAUACUAUUGCCGCAAAGUUGGAAGCACAGGUUUCUUUACAAUAUCGUGCUGUAACAUUGAGCCAUUGGAAUAACAACAUCAAACUUACUCCUUCUCAAUCAAUUUUUAUAGUUGGCAUUGCACAGUCAGGCAGGUAAGUGGUAUCCUUUUGGCAUUCACUAAUCCAAACAUUACCUAUGACCACCAGAUUAUGAAGAAUGCUUCAUCACUCCAGAGAAUACAUUUGAGAAGACAGCGCAUAGAGUUAACUGAACAAGCUCUAGCAGUACAGAAGUGUGAUUAUUUGAUAGGUUUGAAAUUUGAUUUGAUGCUGAUUUUGUAAGGCAAUACAGGGAGAAUGUUCUGGUAUUUCAAAAGGCUUAGUUCUUCAACAUGCAGAGAUGAGCUAAAUCCUCAAAAUCGGUCAUUGUGAGGCCGCUUAGAGAAACACUCCAAACCAAGUGCUUUAGGAGUCAAGAGCAUGUUCCAUUUGCCUUGUUUUACAAAAGUACAAAUUUGAAGAGAAGUCUGCACUUUUAUAAAUCCCCUUGGUAACACCUCCUGGCUGUCAAGAAGGACUUCCCAUAGAGACACAUUGGUUUCAGUGCCUCUCUAUGAGAAGCAUUCCUAGCAGAUUGCGAUGAAUGGCUCUCACACACUGUGUGCAAGUGCUUAUUUUUGAGAAACAUUGGACUCGGCAGGAAAUAAUAACUAGUGAUGAUCUUCCGUGGGAUAAAGCAAAGCUGUACUGACAGUUUUACCGCUGGGUUGAAGGUGAGGUGAUAAUAUAUCAAUACAUUUUAUGUUCAAUACCUCAUGUAUCUCUGUGAUAUGUGAUGUAAUCAUCUCAUUUUGGGGUAAUUCAUGUUAAAGUGAGCAUAUCAUGACAAGUUCAUUUUAAUUACUUAACAUGCAGAAAAAUAAUCUUAGAUGUUUGCUUCCUUGGCAUAACAAUUUUUCUUGUAAUGGGAGGUUGAAGUCCAACCAUGCCAGAAUUGGAUUACAUGAUAGGAGGGAAUACCCUAAUUUCUGAUGGAAAUGAUCAAUUUAGCCUCCUGAGGUCAUGUGACUUCAGACUGGGCUGUUGUAGUAGGGACACUGUAUGUAUAAUAAGACAUCAUUCUAAAGCCAUGAGUUAUCCCUUGAUUUUGUUAAAAGAUUGAAAAAAAUUAAUGAAAAUUCCUUAACAGUCCACUCUUAUUUGGAGAAUUAAGUGUAUGCGUUGUGUAAAGUUUACUUUUUAUGUGUCUUAGAUUUAUUUUUAUAUUAAGAACUGUUUGUUAUUUUUGCAUUAUUAAACUUAUUUAAGAUCUGUCUUG